AUGCUGCGACUCCGAAACAGCCUCCUCCCUCUGCUCCGCGCAGCCUCCCCGCUUCCCUCCCCCAUCCACAUCCACCCCUGCGCGUGCCGUCUCCUCUCCACCUCCACUUCCGCGGCCACUGCGGCGUUCUCGCUCGAGGACUACCUUGUCGCCGCCUGCGGCAUCGCACCAGCCCAAGCCCGCGAGGUGUCCAAGAAGGCGCUCCACCAGUUAUCCAAGAUCACACACUCCCGCUUCAUCUCCGCCGCCUCCAACCCCGAUGCCAUCAUCGCCCUGCUCUCCGGCGUCGGCCUCUCCCGCGCCGACAUCGCCGCCGUAGUCUCGGCGAACCCGCUGCUCCUCCGCGCUUCGGUGAAGUGCAUCUCGCCCCGCCUUCUUGCUCUCCGAGACCGGGCCGGUCUUUCUACUCCCCAGAUCGCUCGCUUCCUCCUGGUCAGCCCACAUGCUCUCUGCCGCAGCGACGUCAUUCCCAAGCUUCAGUUCUUCAUCUCCUUCUAUGGCUCGUUUGAGCAGGUCCUGGUGGUCCUAAAGAGGAAUGAUCGCCUCAUGACGGCAAGCCUUGAGAGGUUAAUCAAGCCUAACAUAGCUUUGCUUCGUCAGUGGGGUGUUCGAGAUAUUGUUCAGUUGUGUUCAAACAACGCGUGGGUGCUUACCUUCAACCCGGAACGCGUGAAAGAAUUUUUGCUACGGGCAGAACAACUUGGGGUGCCUCCCACUUCGCGGAUGUUUAGGCACGCGGUGGCGGUCGUCGCCGGUAAACCCAAAGAGAAGGUUGCUGCCAAGCUCGAGUUCUUUAAGAGGACUCUUGGUUGUUCUGAAUCUGAGGUUUCAACUGCAAUGUGCAAGGUGCCAGCUAUAUUAGGAUUGUCUGACGAGAUUCUUCUUCGCAAGAUUGAGUUCCUUGUCAAUGAGGCUGCAAUGGAGCCACGGCACAUUGUGGAAAGGCCUGUCCUGCUGGCAUACAGCCUGGAGAAGAGGCUAGUGCCGAGGCAUUAUGUCAUGAAGGUCCUGCGGGAAAAGGGAUUGCUGAGCAAAAUGAGCCUUUACACACUUGCAAAAUUAGGAGAGGAGACUUUCAAACUGAGAUUCAUCGAUUGUCACAAGGACUCUGUUCCUGGCCUUGCCGAUGCUUAUGCUACAGCUUGUACUGGUAUUGUUGUGCCCUCUAGAGUCUAA